AUGAACUGCUUAUUCAUCAACUUAGGGUUAUUGCAUGUCCAAUAUUUGCACCAUUCUCUGCAGGAGUUGUUAAAAAUUCAUCAAGAAAAUCUAAAGAUGCAGAGGGAGAUGGUGAAAGACACACAGAAGAACCUGGCUGUGCAACAAUCAGAAAUCACAAAAAAGUCCCAUGUGCUAAAGGAGAGCAUAAUAAGAAAAUAUCUGGAGAUCCAAGCCAUCCUGGAUCAGGACCUGAGGACCACAAUUUCACACUUGGAGGCUGAGGAGCGUGCUGCUGUCUCAUCUCUGGACUGGCUCAUAGAGAGGAACUGGUCUCUGAUCCAGCAGAUAGAACAGGACCUGGCUGAAAUCACAGCAGCACUGGAUCAUGUGGACAUGCCUGCUGAUACAUUGUCGUUCCUCUCAUACCUUGAUCAUCAAGGCACCAAGUUGAGAGACAGAGUGCCAAAUGUGUGCAAAAGCUCAGAAUGUUCCAGUAUGAGCUUGGACGAGACCAAAGAUGAACAGAUUGUCCGUCUCACCAACAACAUGCUUCUGGUCGUCUCCUCCCUCACACCUAUUAUGAAGACUCUUGCCAAAAGUUAUUGGAGUGACGUGUGCUUGGAUCCAGACACAGCUCAUCCCAAGCUACUCAUCUCUCCGAACCGCGACUGCGUUACCUAUGCAGACACUUGGAAGGAGCUUCCUGACAGCCCUGCACGCUUUGACAGCACUCUUAAUGUCAUCAGCUUGCAAAGCUUCAGCUCUGGCUGUCAUUACUGGGAGAUUGACGUGACUGGCAAGACCUACUGGGAGCUUGGCGUCACCUAUCCCAGCAUUCCACGCAAGGGGAUCACUGAGGACUGCUGGCUGGGUCGAGGAGAUGAGUCGUGGUGUGUGGAGUUUUUUGAUGGGGAGUAUUCGGCGUGGCACCGAGGCGUGCCUCAUAGGCUGCUUGUCACAAAACAGUUUUGUCGAUGUGGAAUUUUGUGUAAUUUCCCAGCUGGGUCAGUGAUGUUUCUAGAUGCAGAUGAUAUGUCACCACUGUUCUGCUUCUGUGCAGGGAGCUUCUCCGAUAGCCUCCACCUGGCUGUGUGUCCUGGCCAUGCCCACAACGGAACCAAUGCAAAACCAAUUGUAAUCUGUAAUGCAACAUCUCAACCUCCACCUGUUUAG